GCGGGAGGAUACAAUGUUGCUAUUGUUGAUUGUCAGAACAUAUGUUGCACUGACUUGUGCUGGACCAUAGCCCAUUGUGAUUGAGACCAAGCUCAUGAGCUCACCAAGCUCUUCAAGCACCGCCGAUUCAGCCGCCACAAUGGCUGGCCGCCGCAGCUGUGUGAAUUCGCUCUGGUCGGGCACCGAGCGGGUUCGGAUUGGCGAGCGGCUGAAAGCGACCCUGGCCGGAAUCCUAGAGCUGGACCUGCUCCGGGGACAACAUCUAGACAUGAUCGAUGCGGAACUAGAACUCAAAGACACCAGCAGCACCGAUACCACCGUGACUGUCAUCACUGAUAAACAGGAGGAAAACCUCGAGAGCGCAGCCAUCGAUGGCUCUGCGAUAUCCCGCAGGCAACAGGUUCCCUCUUCUUCAGAAACAGUGUUACCAUGCCACACCAGCACGUUGGACAAGGACAGUGGGGGGAACUCUGGAGGAGAUGGGCCGGUUCAUUCCAGAGUUGAUGGGGAUGGUGGGGAUAACUCACGCUGCUCCACCCUCUCUUGGGAUGCUCCGUCUGACCUGCUCUUACCCCCGGACCUUGAUGGUGCAGUCCAGCUGGACUAUUACUCCAGGCCCAGCUCAGGUUUUUAUUCAGUCAGUGGCAGCUCCCUAUCAGACUCCUGCUACUCUGUGUCCAGUGAGGCAUCCCUGGCCCAGGGGGGUCCAGGAAAAGGUGGGCUAGUCCGGGCUGGACCUGGACCACCCUCAGGGGGAGCAUUCAGGCUGUGGGAGCAGCGGGCCCUCUCUGCAGACCACAGAGACACCCAGUGGCCGGAGGCCACGCAGCAGCCAAGAACUCAGAGCAUUGAGGAGACCACAGAGAUCGCUGAUAGGAGACCAGUGUCUACGGUUGACCUGGAAAUGAACAGCCUUUUCUUCCUGUCUGACCUGUGCGCCAGCCUGGGCGACCCCCAUGCCGGCUCCCUCCUCUCGCUCCCUGACCCCCGACCCCAACUCGACCCCAGGUUCUGUUCUGACCUGGUGUCCCGGAGGACCAAGGAGGUGUACCCAUACCCCAGCCCCCUCCAUGCCGUGGCCCUCCAGAGCCCCCUCUUCACCUACAGUCAGGACCCCUCUCCCUCCCCUCGUCUCUCGCCGAGUCCGGACUCCUCUACCCAGGCUGAAGAAUCUCAGUCCACCCCCUCUUCCGGCCCCCCCAGCCUCCUCAGCCCUCCACCUUCACCCAGCUGGAGCAGUACAUCACCAGGCUGGCUCACCAGUACAGAAGCCGGAUUGCCCCCCCUGACACCACCCUUACCGCCAUCCCCAAGGGCCCCAGAACCCCUGGCCACGGCUCCACUCAGUCACUGUCGGCCUUUGAGAGCCGCAGUACCCCCUCCAACUUGA